GUGCUGCCACCUUUUCGAUCGUAACAAUUUCUUUCCAACAUGUCGACUCACAGAAAGAAGACUAGGAAGCUCAGGGGCCACGUGAGCCAUGGACAUGGUCGUAUUGGUAAACAUAGGAAGCACCCUGGAGGUCGCGGUAAUGCUGGCGGCAUGCACCACCAUAGAAUCAAUUUUGACAAGUACCAUCCAGGUUACUUCGGAAAGUUGGGUAUGAGAAAUUACCACUUACGACGAAACACGAAAUGGGCCCCAGCUAUCAAUCUAGAUAAGUUGUGGACUCUUGUCAGUGAACAGACAAGGUUGAAGUAUAAGGAUCACCCAGAAGGCAAAGCCCCAGUUAUUGAUAUCGUUAAGGCUGGGUAUUACAAGUUGUUGGGGAAAGGACGACUUCCCAACCAAGCUGUUAUCGUUAAAGCCAAGUUCUUUUCCAAGUCAGCAGAAGAUAAAAUUAAAGCUGUCGGAGGCGCUUGCGUUUUAUCAGCUUAAUUUGUAAAUUAAGAAAAUAAAUUUUUUAAAUUAA